AUGAAUUUGUAUUCAGGUAGUAAUAAACUUUUACACAGAAAUAUUGUUAUCAGUGUAAUAUUCUUUACUCUUGGUUUAUUGACGACAACUUCAUAUGCACAAAAAAUUUCUAACCUCAAAAAUGAAACUGUCACGGUGGGCAAUAAGAAUAUCACGUUACAAAUUCUCACGCAAACAAAUUCAAGUACCGAUGCUUCAACAGAGUCAUACGCAUCAAAUAGUUACAACACCAGUAACUUGAAAUUAAAUGUCAGUACUUCAAGCGUAGCUAAUAUAAUACCUCACAAUGUAACCAUAACUACAGUUCGACCUGAACAUGACAGUUAUAAUCAAACUACUGAGAAAAUUACAACAAUAUCCACAAAUACUGUCAACGAUAAAAAUGGAAGUAAUAUGUCGGAUUUCACGAUUCCAUCUCAGAGCUCAGAUAUCAGUAAUUCAACAAAUGCAAGUACAACAACAAUUAUGCCAGCAGAACCAGUAUUACCUGACAAAGGAUCUGCAGAAGAAGAACAUAAUAGUUCUAUGUCUAUAUUUUUUGUUCUUUGCGUUCUAGCUUUAGGCAUCUUACUUAUACAUCUUAUGUUAGAAACAAAUUUUCAAUACUUACCAGAAUCUGUAGUCAUUGUAUUUUUGGGAGGAGCUAUUGGCAUGAUCAUAAAUUUAAUGUCAAAUCAAAAUAUAGCUAAUUGGAGGAAAGAAGAAGCCUUCUCUCCGACAGCCUUUUUUCUUGUGCUCCUCCCACCUAUUAUAUUUGAAUCUGGCUAUAAUUUACAUAAAGGAAAUUUCUUUCAAAACAUUGGUAGUAUUUUAGUUUUUGCCAUAUUUGGUACAGCGAUAUCGGCAUUUGUUAUAGGAGCUGGUAUUUAUUUAUUGGGAUUGGCUCAGGUAGCAUAUAAACUUAGUUUUGUUGAAAGUUUUGCGUUUGGGUCGUUAAUAUCUGCAGUAGAUCCUGUUGCUACGGUAGCUAUAUUUCAUGCCUUAGAUGUAGAUCCAGUAUUGAAUAUGUUAGUUUUUGGGGAAUCUAUUUUAAACGAUGCUAUUUCUAUUGUACUAACUACGUCAGUAUUAGAGUCCAAUAAUGCAACAACUACUAGCGAAGCCAUUAUUCUUGGCUUAAACAGAUUUUGUCUUAUGUUCUUUGCUUCUGCUGGCAUUGGAGUUGUUUUUGCCCUUAUAAGUGCAUUAUUACUGAAACAUGUAGAUCUCAGAAAAAAUCCUUCUCUUGAAUUUGGACUUAUGUUGGUAUUUACGUAUGCACCAUACGUUUUGGCAGAAGGCAUACAGCUAUCUGGUAUUAUGGCAAUAUUGUUUAAUGGAAUUGUAAUGUCGCAUUACACACAUUUUAACUUAUCAACUGUAACUCAAAUUACAAUGCAACAAACAAUGAGGACUUUAGCAUUUAUUGCUGAAACUUGUGUAUUCGCAUACUUAGGAUUAGCUUUGUUCAGCUUUAGGCAUCGGGUGGAACCAGCACUCAUUAUAUGGUCUAUAAUUCUGUGUCUAAUUGGUAGAGCUGCAAACAUCUUUCCUUUAGCUUUCCUUGUUAAUCGUUUUCGAGAACAUCAAAUUACUCGAAAAAUGAUGUUUAUAAUGUGGUUUAGUGGCCUAAGAGGUGCCAUUUCUUAUGCUUUGUCACUGCAUUUGGAUUUCAGUGAUGAAACACGGCAUGUGAUUAUUACCACCACAUUAAUUAUUGUAUUAUUUACAACAUUAAUAUUUGGUGGCUCCACAAUGCCAUUAUUAAAAUUCUUAAGAGCAGAAAAGAAACAGAAAAGUAAUAGUAGAAGAAAAAGGAAAGAUAAAGAAAUUUCAUUAAGUAAAACUAGAGAAUGGGGACAAACAAUAGAUUCAGAACACCUGUCAGAACUUACGGAAGAAGAAAUUGAAGUAUCUUUUCUUCAGUCUCGAAUUCGUGGUUUUGCAAGAUGGGAUCUAAAAUUCUUUAUUCCUUUCUUUACAAGAAGAUUUACUCAACAAGAAUUAAAAGAUUGUAAAUCUCAAAUGACAGAUUUAACAAAUCAAUGGUAUCAAGCUAUUCGAAUUAGCCCUAUGGAAUCAGACGAUGAAGUUACUACGGCGUCAACGGCACAAUUAACUAUAAAUUUAUCAGCAGAAAACCAGAGUCAAGUAAAUGGAAAGCAAAGCAAAGGACGUCCAAGUCACGGAAUCAGCGAGGAUUGGUCUGAUUAAUGAUCGGUUUAUAUAGCUAUAAUUAUGGAUUAUUUCAUCAGUUAAAACAUAUGUAUUAUAUACGAAUAUUGUAUUACAGAAAUUGGCAUAAUAUUCUUAAUAUCGGACUUGUUUACAAAUAAUAAGUUAAUACGUAAUUGACCAUAAAACGUUAUAGUAUUUAACAAGACAUAGUGAUAUAAUGAAGCGAAGGGGCAUGUGAUACUUUGAAAAACAUUUAGUUUCUGCACAAAAAAAGUCACAAAAUAGUAAUGUUGCGUUAAGUAUUUAUACGAUACCAUAAAUUUCAUAUGGCACUAAAGAUGUACUUAUUGUACUAUAUAUUCGUGGAUAUCUACACUCAAAUAAUUAUAUAUCAGAAUACGUCUAAUAAUAUUUUUCCAAAUAAUUAAUUAUAUAAAUUUUAUUGAAGGAAGAACACGUUGCACAGAAUUUAAUUUCAGUAUUCAAAAAUAGUAAUUUGACGAGAUUGAUGUUUUUUGAUAAAUCUAAACAUACAAAUCUUUGUUGUUAUUCUUGUUAUUUGUUUUUUAGUAUUGGCUAUAUUUAUGAAUAUUGUAUUGCAUUAUUAAAUUAUUGUUAUAUAAAAUUGUCA